AUGAAUCAAGGGUUGAUGAGAUCGGUGCCAGCAAAUUCCUAUAUCGAUAACUUCGUACCUAGCAGUAGUGACAGUAAUCAUUCUAAUAAUCAGUUUAUAAAUGAAUUGAGAGAACAAGAUAGGUGGUUACCAAUAAAUAACGUUUCGAAAUUAAUGAAAAAUGCAUUACCUCAAACUACAAAAGUUUCUAAAGAUGCAAAAGAAUGUAUGCAAGAAUGCGUAAGUGAAUUUAUAUCUUUUGUAACAAGUGAAGCUAGUGAUGGUUGUAUACUGGAAAAGAGGAAAACUAUCAAUGGUGAAGAUAUACUUAUAUCUUUAUAUAAUCUAGGUUUCGAAAAUUAUGCAGAGGUACUAAAAAUUUAUCUGGCAAAAUAUAGGCAACAUUUAGUAAUGAAGAACCAAGUAUUAUAUGAACAAGAAUUGGAAUUGCUUGAAAAUGAACAAUGA